AUGUCAGAAUUUAGUUUCCCAUUCCCUCCAUAUGACAUUCAAACGACUCUUAUGAAAAAAAUCUACCAGUGUAUCCAAGAUGGGAAAGUGGGUAUUUUUGAAUCGCCAACGGGGACUGGAAAGUCCUUAAGUAUCAUCUGCUCCGUGCUAACAUGGAUUGAGGAGUUUGAAAAACUUGAAAAGGGUCGUCUAGAGGAAGAGUGCCAAGCAGCUGAUAAGAAGGAUGACAAUGAUGACAGCAGUGACUGGAUUGAUGCUUACAGGAGGAAAUAUGCAAAUAGACAGAAGGCUCAAGAAUCACUGCAAAAGUUGGAAGUAAUCAGGAAAAUUGAAGAAAAAAUCCAAAAUCUUGAAAGCGACUCGUUGAAGCGAAAGAGGAAGUUUUUGCCUAUUCAGGAGACAGUUGUGGACGAAGAUGAGGUUUCAGAAGAAGAAUCAGAGGAGGACUUUAUUGUGCCUGAUAAUUGUUCGAGCGAAAGUGAGGACGAAAAAACUGAAGAACUGGAUUUAUCAUGCGUGAAAAUAUUUUAUGCAUCUCGAACUCAUUCACAACUAGAGCAGUUUUCCGCCGAGAUACGUAAAACACGCUUUCGCCCGAGAGUGGUUACUAUAGGUUCGCGACAAUUACUUUGUCUGAAUGAUUCCGUCAAAUGCUUGAAAAGCUCGUCAUUAAUUAAUGAAAAAUGCGAUGAACUUAGGGCGAAAAAAACUGGCAUCAAAGCUUUGAAGUCUGCAGAAGGGGCAGUCAAACAGAAAUCUCGUGGUGGUUGUCCCUUCUAUAAAGUAGAGGCUAUUGAAGAACUCGGUGAUAAAGUGCUUGCUGCACAAGCAUCAACAAGCACAGACCUUGUUGAUACUGGCAGAACGUUGUGCGGUUGUCCGUAUUUUGCCUCUCGGAAGGCAGUUCCUUUAUGUCAACUUGUUUUACUUCCUUAUCAAGUGCUGCUGCAUAAACAAACGCGAAAAGCUUGGGGCGUAUCGCUAAAAGACAACGUCGUUGUCAUCGAUGAAGCUCACAACUUGCUUCAAACAGUGGCUGCAGUCUAUUCUUCAGAACUUGCAGAUAGCUCCGUUUCAUCUGCUUACUCUCUCUUACAGCAGCUAUCAUCAUUGGUCAUGUCUUUAAACUGCCUCAUGGAGAACUUCAAGAAAAGAAAUUCAAACCUUAACUCUUCGGAGAUUAAUUUUUUCGAUAUUCUUUCUUAUAUGGCAAAGACUCGACUCUGUAAAAAAUUGCAUGGGUAUUUUUUGUUUUAUAAAAGAAGGACGCUUAAAAUGUCACAAGGUUUUCAAAAACAAAUGACGGGAAUCGAAAAAAUUUUACAGAAAAAUGGUAAAUCGUUAACUAGCAGUCUUUCAGAGUUUAUAAAGGAGGGCAAUAACGUCAAUGAAGGGGACUUAGCAAAGCUUUCGAGUCCUGUGUACCCUGUUAAACAAUUUAUUGAAGCCCUGACCACGAGUUGUGAAGAUGCGCGGAUUGUUUUUGAAAGGGCAACAACUAAUCAUCACUCAAGUGGACCUCACACAGUAUUCAGAUUUGUUCUGUUGAAUCCGGCUAAAGAAUUAAGUGACCUCAUCACAGAAGCGCGAUCCUUAGUAUUAAUCGGCGGUACGAUGGAACCUGCUGACUAUCUUCUACACUCUUUAACCAAAGUUUGUAAAGUCCCGAAGCAAGACAUUCUAAGAUUCACAUGUACUCACGUAAUUGACGAUUCUCAGAUCAUGGUUGUUUCACUAGGGAGAUCACCGAGUGGGUCGGAAUUAACUCUUAAUUUUGGAAGUCGUUCACAAAUUACCGUAUUAAACGGUGUAGCUAUGAUUCUAUUAAAUUUAUUGCGGAUAGUUGAUAAUGGAGCAGUCGUUUUUUUCCCGAGCUACGAUUAUAUGCACCAGUUCGAAACUUACUUAAAAUCGAAGAAAAUUUAUGAAAAAAUAAAUGAAGUAAAGCCAAUUGUACUAGAAACGAAACUAAGCAUAGCAGAAACGUGGAAUAAUUUUACACGUAAAGCCCGAACUCCCAAGGGAGCAGUUCUUUUUGCGGUUGUAGGCGGAAAACUCAGUGAAGGAAUUAAUUUUUCCGAUGAGCUUGGUCGUUGCGUUUUCAUGGUUGGCCUGCCAUACCCAAAUAAGAAUGACAUCGAACUAGACGCAAAGAUGAAGUAUUUGGAUGAGACUCUAGGACGCGGCAGUGGUUCACAGAUGUAUGAAGCCAGCUGUUUGCAUGCUGUGAACCAGGCAGUUGGCAGAGUAAUCAGGCAUCGUGACGAUCAUGCUGCUAUAGUAUUAAUUGAUACUAGGUUCAACCGCCCCGCUGUCGUUCAGAUUUAA